AGGCUGGAGUCUAGGGGCAAAGCGAGGGCAGAUCCUAUGAAGAAACUCUGAGAGGAGGCGUAAAAAGUACUGCUCUGCUCAGUGUACAUACCAGCAUAUGAAUAAGUGCUGAGCACAGUGCUGAAGCAGAGUUUCGAGGCAGCAGUUCAUGGGAGCAGUGGAUCUUAUUUGACUUUUUACCUGCACUUCAUGUGCAGCUGAUCUGCUGUGCAAGCUGGAAAAAAACGCACUGACACUUCUGACAGCUUGUUUUUUUGGUGUCUGAACCUAGACCCUUCAUAUCCACGCAGAGUCAUUCUAACAGCAGGUGUCAACAUGUUGGAGCAGGUUCUGUCAUUCGGCCGCUCCCUGGUGCGCAGGAAAGUGGUCGACAUGAGCAGCCUGGAGGACUCAAAGCUGUGCCGCUGCCUAGGAACCGUCGACCUCAUCGCCCUAGGAGUUGGCAGCACUCUGGGUGCCGGCGUCUACGUCCUGGCCGGCGAGGUGGCAAAGGGCGACUCAGGCCCCAGCAUAGUCAUCUCCUUCUUAAUUGCCGCCCUAGCCUCGGUCAUGGCCGGCCUGUGUUACGCUGAGUUUGGCGCACGCGUCCCCAAGACCGGCUCUGCUUACCUUUAUAGCUAUGUGACUGUAGGAGAGAUCUGGGCCUUCAUCACGGGUUGGAACCUCAUUCUCUCCUAUGUGAUUGGUACCUCCUCAGUUGCCAGGGCUUGGAGUGGCACAUUUGAUGAAAUCAUAGGGGGACACAUAGAGGUAUUCUGUAAGAACUACUUCAGAAUGAACUCUCCUGGUUUGGCUCAGUACCCUGACUUCUUUGCCGUCUGCCUGAUACUGCUGCUUUCUGGACUCCUGUCGUUUGGCGUGAAGGAGUCAGCCUGGGUCAAUAAAGUCUUCACGUCAAUCAACGUGCUCGUACUCUUGUUCGUCAUCAUCUCCGGCUUCGUCAAAGGAGACACACACAACUGGAAGAUAACUGAAGAAUCCCUUAUAAAUGUCACCAUAGUUACAAGGAACUUGACGGUGACGGCCAACGUGAGCAGUGAUUAUGGAGUCGGAGGAUUUAUGCCCUACGGCUUCAGUGGGACCUUAGCUGGGGCUGCCACCUGCUUUUAUGCUUUUGUUGGAUUUGACUGCAUUGCAACUACAGGCGAGGAGGUGAAGAACCCUCAGAGAGCCAUUCCCAUCGGCAUCGUGGUGUCACUGACCGUGUGUUUCCUGGCGUACUUUGGCGUGUCAGCCGCACUCACGCUGAUGAUGCCCUACUACCUGCUGGACGAGAAGAGUCCUCUGCCCAUGGCUUUUGAAUAUGUGGACUGGGGCCCUGCAAAAUAUGUGGUCGCUGCAGGUUCACUGUGUGCCCUCUCCACCAGUCUGCUGGGCUCCAUUUUCCCCAUGCCUCGUGUAAUCUAUGCUAUGGCACAGGAUGGGGUGCUUUUCAAAGUCUUAGCCCGAAUCAAUCCUAAGACGAAGACCCCACUUAUUGCCACUAUGACAUCUGGUGUAGUAGCAGCCAUCAUGGCCUUCCUGUUCGACCUAAAAGCUCUGGUUGACAUGAUGUCCAUUGAAACUUUGCAGACUUAUGAUCUUUAACCCUUGACGCCUCCGCGGUCCAGGUACCAGCCAGAUGGAGUCCUAGAGCGGCGGGCAGGCACCGGUGAGAGGGACUACCUGUCCUCUGUGGAGGGUGAGUCUGAACUGACAGAGUCGGAGUCCCACCUAAACAUGCUGAAGGGUGGCAGCUCCACCCUGCAGACUGUCCUGCACCCUCCCGCCUCACCCUCUGAGCAUUCCUCCAGUGUGGUCAACAUGUCCGUCUGUGUGCUAGUGCUGGUAGUGUGCGUGGUCAGCUAUCUCACCACGUACCACAUCUACUCCAUCCUUGGUAUGGAGGUGUGGAUCCUGGCGUCGCUGUCUGUGUGUCUCCUCAUCUUCAGCGGCUGCGUCUUCAUGGUCUGCCGACAGCCUCAGACCAGCACCAAGGUCUCCUUCAUGGUUCCCCUUCUGCCUUUUCUGCCCAUUCUGAGCAUAUUUGUCAAUAUUUACCUCAUGGUUCAGCUGAGUGGAGAUACCUGGAUACGUUUCUCCGUGUGGAUGGCUGUUGGCUUCCUGAUCUACUUUGGCUACGGAAUGUGGCACAGUGUGGAGCGCCAGCGCAAACUCCAGGGUCCUUUAAACAGCAGCAGCACCCAGAAACACAACAAGACAGGCGGGGAGAAGCCGGUUGGUGUGGGUGCAGCGGGAAAAGACCAGGAUAGUUUGAUUUGCCCAGAAAAGACCAGCCGGUGUUAGAGUGAAAGAUUCUGUGAGGUGACAGAUGCAUAAAAGCACCCAGCAGCUCUGCCUUGAUGCACCUGUUCACACAGCUUCACCAUGUGUGCGUCAGUCACAAACACAUUCUGUCUGCGAUGGCAGCGUCAGUACUCUGAAUCAGCGGCCACACGAUGGGGAGCCGCUCCGUCACUGUGAUGGAUCCACAUCCCGUUAGGUCCCAUUGCGCUUCAUGGACAGCAUGGAGGCAGAAUUGAAAGGACAGGUAACACACUGGAGGGUGAUGAUCAUUUUUCUUUAACACUGAAGCAGCUGAUACAAGACUGCAGCAACGCUUUUCUCUUUCAUUAUGGACUUUUUAGUACAUGACACACAUUUUGUCUUUUCUGUUAAUUGUUGCAUUUUAAACAGGUUUGUACGAGUGUUUUAAAAAAAAAAGAGUAAAGUCUUGAAAAUCUGUGUUAUCCAUUUAACAGUAUUAUUAGAUUUCAUUGCACCAAUUAUGUACUACUAUUAAGAGUAAUUGUCUUUGACAUAAGUGUAGGAUGCUGAAAAAGAACCAACAUUAGUUAAAGAUAUGCUGCCAAUCAUAAAGUUGAAAUAUAUUUUAGAGCUAUUUUGUGCAGAAUUGUUUUUAUUUGCAUACAUGUGAAAUUGGGAUUAUAUGUAUAAAAACACCAUCAAGACGCCGCCACAUUUAGACACAAUGUACAACAUGUCAAAUAGUUUUGUCGGCACUUAACAUGUUACCACUCGGCUAAUAGAAGUAGGCCAUAAGUGCUGGUGGAGAAUGUCAGGCUUUUGUAGGUGUUAUGUAACAGAUCAUAUCAAUCUUUGCUGUACUUAUUGAGGUAGCUGUAGCUGUUGUGGUGGCUUCAUCCAGGACAGGUUUACUUUUUUUUUCUUUUUUUUUUGCUUGGGUUUGUUUUAUCUACGAACUGUUAUAAUCUGAAUAUGAAGAUUGUUAUUUGAUACGGAACUUUACUCCAAAUGUAUUUUUAGUAGUAGUAUCUUUCUAUCAGAUAACAUCUUGCUGUAUUUUCCUGUUUGUCUGAUACGUUGUGCUAUUUUGAUACAGUUACAGACAUGCUGUUAUUAUAACCUUCAUGAAAUGAUUAUCUCUUAAGCAGAGUACUUUGCCACCUAACAAGAAGCACAACAAUUAAUGACAAGUUAAAGGGGUUCCGCCAUCCAUUCCGACAUACCCCCACUCCGACAUUGAGGUCUAAUUGUCGGAGUGGCGGCACUUCCAUUCUUUUCAAACCCACGACUCUGACAAUUUUUGUUUCCAUUAGGGUUAGGGUUAGGGAUUAGGGUUAGGGAAUAGCAGCAUGUUGGAAUAGCGGCAUGUCUGAAUAGAAGCAUGUCGGAGUGGCGGCAUGUCGGACUAGCAGUGUGUAUCCAAGUUAAAGUAUUACUGUAUAUAAACAAAGGUAUGUCUUGCCACAUCAUUUAGAUGAAUUGGGGCAUUUAUUUUAGGUUUCUUCUCUUGUGUUCAGUGUCUUUCUUCAAAGCCUGGAGUCUGUGAUGCUUUAUAACCGGCUUGUACUGAACUGCAUGAAGAUUCAGUGCUUACAUUCUUUCCUCUGAGCUUUUCAGGGCCCACCCUUGUAAGGCUCAGUGAGCUCUAGUUAAAAGUAAAAACAUGUUUGCUGUACUGCCAGUUUUUACACCAAUCCUACACUCGCUGAACCUAGGGGUUAAUAACAUAUGUGUACAGAGUCAAACGUUCUCUGGGAUAUGUUUUCAAGCUAAUCGAAUGUGUCUCUAGCUUUAAACAAGCUACCGCAAACAGGUGGUUAGCUGCUUUAUGAUCUAUCUUUUUAAUAAACUGUCUGUACACUUACAAAGUUCUGAAUGUUUCGGUUUACAUGUAGGGACUCUCAUUAUGCUACCGUUGAAGUGUGGUGCUAUUUUGAGCCUUGUGGUAUAAAACAGCGAUAUACCAUUUGCCCCGAAAGCUAGCGUUAGCAGCUAACCACCGAUUUGCGUUAGCUUGUUUCAAGCUAGAGACACAGUUGAUUAGCAUGAAAACAUAUGCCAGAGAACGUUUGACUCGGUACACAUAUGUUAUUAACCCCUAGGUUCAUUUUGCGUUGAAAUAGUCCUUUAAGCGGCCACAUACUGAGGCUGUAGGAUGUUGGGGAUUGAUGGGUUGAUAUGUGCAGUGUGGUGGUUUAAAUGAAUGUGGAACAAAUACAGAAGCUAGUCUCAGCAGGAGUAAUGUAAGGUGAGGUUCUACUACACUGAACCUCUACAUUAAUAGUGUAGAGUCUUCCAGUGAGGUUACAGGCUAUAAAGUACAUAGAAGUAACCAUGAUGUCAGUAUCAUUUGUUACCAACUGCAGACUAGUACAAUAAAUGUAUUUUCCAGUAA